UUUUUGUUUUGCUAUUGCCUUACAUAUGUACAUACCUACAUAUUUCAAUAUGUAACGAUGCUUCGUUAAAAUUCCUUUUCUUUGCAUUUUUUACUGAGAAUGUAGGUAACGGUAAAUAAUAUUGUAUUUGCACUUUUUAUUGAGUAUCGCGUCGCUUGUUUUACAUGCUGUAGUUAUUAUUGAUGCAUCACUUGACAAGAAUAGUUAUUACGCAAAUUUUAAGUCUUCAAAAAUGUCAAAAAAGCAAAAUAUAAAACAAACAAGAUUGAGCUUAGUUAAAAAACAGAGAUCAUUGCAAAAAUUGACAAAGGUGUAAGUGGUAAACGGUUGGCAUUUGAUUAUGGUGUUUGUGAAGCAAUAAUAACAAAAAUUAAGAAGAAGAGAUUUGAAAUUUUAGAAGCAGUUUCAAAUUCAUAUGGUGAUUUACACAGGAAAACACUGCAUAAACCAGAAUUUAUUGAACUGGAACAAAAAAUUUAUGAUUGGUUUUUGACGCAAAGGCAACGCAAUUGUAAUGUUAAUGGCGCAAUGUUAAAAUCAAUCUCUACAAGUGAUGGAUGGCUGACAAACUUUAAGAAACGAUAUGGGAUUCGCAAUCUUAAAAUUUGUGGUGAAAUACUUUCGAGUGACACAACAGAAAUAACUCCUUUUAUUCACAAGUUACGGGCCACAAUGGAUGAAAUGGGGAUAACCGAGGCACAGUUAUACAAUGCGGAUGAGUCUGGUCUCCUUUACCGUAUGCUGCCAGAUCGCACAUUCGUAGCAGCAACUGAAAAGACUGCACCUGGCCGAAAAAUACUAAAAGGAAGGAUAACCCACAAAUUGAAACCCUUGGUGAUUGGUAAAUCUGCAAAUCCACGUUGUUUUUACGGAUUCAACAAUCCAUUGGAAUACGUAAAUUCUAAAAAAGCGUGGAUGAACUCCCAACUGUUUUCUGAAUGGUUUCACAAUUCGUUUACUAAACAGGUUCGUACUUUUUGCUCUGAAAAUAAUUUACGACAUAAGGCAUUGUUGCUAGUUGACAAUUGUACAGCUCAUAAGCCAAUUGAACGGCUAAAGUCUGAUGACGGUAACAUUGUAACAAUGCUUCUACCACCGAAUGUGACAGCGGUAAUACAGCCAAUGGAUCAAAAUCCGAUAAGGCUAGUUAAAUUGGGCUACAGAAGAAAACUUUUAUGCAACAUUAUUGCACAGGAACAUUUGACCAUUACAUUAACAUUAAAGCAACAUUCCAUUCGUGAUGCAAUAAUGUUGCUAAAGUCGGCUUGGGACGAAUUGCCACAAACCGUGUUGAUCAGCGCUUGGAACAAAAUAAGAAAGUGGGAUGGUAAUGAGUACGAUGAGGAAGAUAAUAUUCCAUUGGCUCAACUUAUUGAAACGAGUGUGAAUGACGAAUACGCUCAAUUACUCCAGGAAGUGUUAUUAUUGUUGGAGAGGGUGGGUAAUAACACUGUAAUUGAUAGUGAGGACAUUGAAAACUGGAAUGACGACAAAGAAACUGCCGAUGAAAUAGAAAUUUUGUCAGACAUUUCAUAUGGAGAAGAAGUCAGUCAAAGCGUAAACAACUUGAUCCACUGGUUUAAAAAUGAAAACGAUGCAAAUCAGGUGUCAGACUUUUUGAAUUGUCGUACAAUAAUGGUCAGAAAAUUAAUUGCAAAAGAAAAAAACAAAAUAAUA